AUGUCAAUUAUUGGUAAAGCUGCUACUUAUGUAACACCAUGGGAUGAUGAUUUAUCCAAACUAUUAUUAGAAUCAGAAUUUGAAAUAAUUGAAUCUGAUUUACAAACUAAUGAUGUUGUACUUCAAACAUUAGCAACACCAAUUAAUCCAAGUGAUAUUUCACAAAUAUUAGGAGGAUACAAUAAACCAAUUGCAAAUUUAAGAUUAGGCACAGAAGAAUCCCAUCCUGUUCAUAUUGGAGGUAAUGAAGGAGUUUUUAAAAUUAUUAAAAUUGGUGAAGAAAUUAAAAAUUAUGAAAUUGGAGAUAUUGUUAUUCCAAAAUUACCUGGAUUUGGAACAUGGAGAACUUUUGCAUUAGUUACAAUUAAUGAAAAUGAUCCUGAACCAUUUAUAAAAUUAAAUGAUUUAAAAAAUAUUGAUCAAGCUUCUAUAAUUUCAAUUAAUCCAUGUACUGCAUUUCAAUUAUUAAAUCAAUUUAUUAAUGAUUGGAAUGAAAAUAAUGAUUGGAUUAUUCAAAAUGCAGGUACUUCUCAAGCAAGUAAAUAUCUUACUCAAUUGGCAAAUUUGAAAGGUAUUAAAGUUAUAUCAAUAAUUAGGGAUAAGAAUUAUAAACCUGAAAUUAUUGAAGAAUUAACAUCAUUUCAUGCACAUAAAAUAAUAACAGAAAGUGAAUUUUUAAAUGAUAACUUUAAAAUUGAAAAUUUAACAAAUGGUGGAAAUGUAAGAUUAGCUUUAAAUAGUUUAGGUGGUAAAACUGUUCCUGGCUUAAUGAAAAGUCUUUCUCAAAAUGGUAUAAUGGUCACUUAUGGUGUAUUAGCUGGUGGUCAUGUUGAAUAUGAUGGGAAAUUACAAUUAUUUAAAAAUUUAACUACUAAAGCAUAUUGGUUAACUGAAAAUACUAAAAAAAAUCCUCAAAGUAAGAUUGAAACUGUUAAUGAAUUGAUUAAAUUGUUUAAUGAGGGUUUAAUUAAACUUGUACCUUAUAAUAAAGUUAAAUAUGAUCCAAAAUUGAUUCCUAAUUAUACUAAGUUUGUGGUAGAUACAAUAGCCAAUUCAAAAUCUGAAAAACAAGUAAUUAUAUAUGAAUAA